GAAGGUAAUAUCAACGCACGCCGACCCGAUGAGACUCGGCGGACACAAGCUUCAAGUUGCAAUGACCCAUUUUCCCUAUGUCUAACUUAGUCACGUUGUCGUUGCAGACCGCCUCGACUUCUCCAGCUGGGAUUGGUGCACGUGGAGCCCACUGAGGAUCGCAACAUAUGUACGCUCAGCCAUUUUAUCACUCUGUGCGGGUCACUUCCAAACGGAGACGCUUGUUAACAAAUUGCUCGAACGUUCUUUUUUACCGUGGUCAUGCCACAAAGAAGCCAUUCGAUAUCCUGUUCUUCGGUCGCGACGAAUUCUCUUGUAAUGUCUUCAAGAAAUUGUAUGACGCUCGAGAUGUUUGGCAGUCCAUCUCAAUCGCUACCAACCCAGACGUGAAAACUGGUCGACGGGGAUCUCAUUUAUCAAUAUCUCCGCUGAAAUUACUUGGAGAAUCUCUCGAGGUUCCAGUUCACACUAUACCACCACGAAAAGUUGACUUCAGGGGUUGGAUGGUGCGUCUCACUUUCGUUCUUGCUGAACUGGUCCCAUGUUCCACGCAGCCUCCCCCACCAUUUACGAAUAUCAACGAAGCUCACCCAUCCGUUCCUCAAACCCAUCUUCUUGUCACUGCUUCCUUCGGACGCAUUCUCCGCCCCUCGCUCCUACGUCUCUUUCCGCCAGGUCAGCGACUUAAUGUUCAUCCUAGCUUACUGCCUGCAUAUCGAGGUCCUGCACCAAUCCAGAGAGCUUUAAUGCGAGGAGAAAGAGAAACAGGUGUGUGUGUCAUUGACAUGAUGGAGAAGAAGGAAGGGAUUGAUGCGGGCAGUGUCUGGAGCUGCGAGAGCAUGGUUGUUCCAAAAAAUGCGACGUUUCCCUCACUAUCGGUGGAGCUGGCCCGGACAGGAGGAGAUGUGCUCGUCACGGUUCUUCGGGAUAUGAUGCUGGGAGAGGCCUGCAGCACCCCACAACUUCCGGUCACAUCUACUACACCACAUGCUCCUGCAAUAUCCGCUUCCGACGCGCAGGUUGAUUUCACUUCCCAAACUGCGUCGGACAUGGUCCGACUUUCUCGCGCCAUUUCACACCAGCGCCCUAUAACGACUACGAUGCCCGAUGGUCGUGCUCUUCAGCUGCAUGAUGUCAGUGUCUGUGGGAGGCAUCACGAUUUGGGUCUUGCUGAGCCUGGUUGGGCAGUGUACUCGCCGCAUACACGCACAGUGCAUAUGAGCUGUGCUGAUGGAGAAUGGCUGAGUGUUCUGAAGUUGAAGACCCAAGAUCGUGCGCUUCUAGCCGCGAAGGAAUGGUGGAAUGGGGUGAAGGGGCUAGGAUUGCUAGAUGGGGGUAUGCUGAGGCUUCGUUAGAGGGUUCUCUCAUCACGGGUCGGGAACGGUUCGCCACAGUCCCGGGUCUAUGGAUGAAUGAUUGUCAUCGAAAUUGCCUCGUGUGGAUCAUGACAUCUGGUUCAGGAUUGUAUUGAAGGCCCGACAACCCUUGAAGCUUGAAGAGUUGUGUAGGUUUGUCCAAUGAGCGUCAGCUUAAUUCUAUCACAAAAUGAAUUGCAUUUAAUGUAUCACCUGCAUGUCCAC